AUGACCGAUCAACAAAACACACAAAAUUACGGUUCAACCCAACAGCAACCCGCUUCUGCUACGACCACACCAACUUCAACCAUCGAUGACAGUUAUCAACAUCAUAAAUAUGUAUCAUAUCCAGGAUAUCAUGAUGAGGAAGAAGAGGAAGAAAGAAUUUUCUCUGCGUUACUCAAAGAACAUCUUUUAGCAACACCCUUUAUUUUCUGCAUUUUAUUCUCCUUCAUGCUCUUGUCAUACGCCUUUCAAGUUAAGUUUGAGCCAGUCGAUGUUAAUCAAUUAAAAUGGAAGGAAUUCAUAUUAGGAGCUUCCGGUUGGUGCUUGGCGUUCCUCAUAAGGAAACCUUUAUCCAUCAUCUUCCACAGAUUGGAGAGGGUGGGUGCAUCUAUCGGUCCAAUUCUGUUAUUGUUUUCCAUUGGAUUGAUCGAAGAGGUUUUUAGGCUAGGAUGGCUGCGCCACAUUGCACUGGAGUAUUCGGACGAAAGUCAUUUUUUGGCCGCCUAUUGGCUGGGCAUAGGUUGGGGGACUGCGGAGGCGAUUUGUUUCAUUGUACAAAACUUCAUGGGGGUGGAAUGGUACAGGUGUAAAUUAUAUAAUAAAUACACAGAAGAAAGACAAGAAAUAGAGGAGAUAUUGGGCAAGCCUUUGACGACAAUUUCGGCUUGGUGGGGUGUCAUGUGGAGAACCUCUUGGACAAUGGCUCAUAUCGGCUUCAGCUGCUGGAUAACAUGGAAUUGCUGGUUAUUCUUUCCGGCCGCCAUAAUUCACGGUUUGCUUGAUGUUGUUUGGGGCUACUGUCUUCCGGUGUUUGACAUUCCGGCCACCAGCUAUGGCACUUUUAUAAUUACCUUAUGCACAUUCCUGGUCGGCUUGGCAUUGUUUGGUCAAAUUAUUUAG